CUUCAUUCUCCAAUAGCCAAGGCUUAAACUAAUGCAUCCAGUGCGGGGCAGUAUAUAGACAGAUAAUGAUGUAGAUAGAUAUCCAUACCAUGCUGGCCCUCUUCAACUCCUCCCUAUUUCUCUGUAUCAAUCUGCAUCUGCCAAAUAAACCCAAAUAAACAAUGACCUUUAACAUCCCAAAGCCACCCGGUCUCCCAGUUCCAAACCCCACGACGCCGUUCUGGAGAACAGAACCUCAUAGACUUGACAAACUCCGAACGACACCCGAACUGCCCCGCGAGAGCGACAUUGUCAUCAUCGGUGCAGGCUAUGCUGGGGUCAGCAUCGCGUAUCAUCUUUUGAAGGCGAGAAAGAAUGGGGAAUUAUCAAAGGGCAGUCGGCCGUAUAUAACUAUUCUCGAGGCGAGGGAGGUGUGUUCGGGUGCUACCGGGAGGAAUGGAGGCCAUCUCCGUCCAGAUCUCCAUGGACAUAUCCCGACAUACAUCGAAAGAUAUGGCGUCGAGGCGGGAGCGGAGUUGGCGAAUUUUGAACUCUCCCAUAUCAAGGCUUUCAAAAAUCUGUUGGCCGAGGAAGGGAUUGAGUGUGAUUUUACCGCUACGAGGAAUAUGACUGUUUUUCUUAACGAGGCGCGCGCGGAGAAGGCGAGGGAAAUGUAUGAAGAGCUAGUCGGAACGGGGAGGUCUUUUAUGGAUGAUGUUUAUUAUACGGGAGAGAAGAACGCGGAGGGGAUAUCCGGGGUAAAAGGAGCAAAAGCCUGUCUGUCCUCGCCAGCCGGCACUCUCUGGCCGUAUAAAUUCAUCCUAGGCCUGGUUGAGAAAAUCACACAGACAGAUGCAGACGCAGAUGCCGUUAAUAUCCAAGCACUAACACCAGUCACCUCAGUCACUUCCGAAUCAUCCAACUUACAUACCAUACAUACCUCACGGGGGACCAUCCACGCCUCGAAAGUCAUCUAUGCCACGAACGCCUACACGUCCGCCCUCUUGCCCGAGUACGCAGCAAACAUCGUCCCCUGCCGCGGAAUAUGCACCCACAUCACCGUUCCCGAGAGAAAUAAGACCCCAUUCCUUCCAUACUCGUAUAUAGUCGGCACCGAAGAUGGGAAGGGUAGCAGUUAUCUGAUUUCUCGACCGGACGGGAGCAUCAUUGUCGGCGGCGCAUGGUACACGUUCAAACCCGAGCUGGAAAAAUGGUAUAAUGUCGUCGAUGACAGUACGCUGAUCGAGCCAACGAAGGACUAUUAUCAUGAUUAUAUGCAGCAGACAUUUAGGGGGUGGGAAGAUAGUGGGGCGUAUGUGAAAGAGAUCUGGACAGGGAGUACGUAUAAUACCAUACCCUGUUUGAUUCAACACACGCGAUAGAUGAUGUUGACAAGUGUCUACCUAUAGUUAUGGGGUUUUCGUAUGAUUCUGCCCCCCAUGUUGGCACUAUCCCCGGCAAACCAGGUCAAUAUAUCUGUGCCGGCUUCAAUGGUCAUGGCAUGCCGGUCAUCUUCCUCGCUACUCAAGGUCUUGCGGAUAUGGUUCGCACGGGGAAGAGUUUCGAGGAGGUCAAAUUGCCGCGAAUUUACAAGACGACGAGGGAAAGAAUUUAUGCGGCGCGGAAUGGGCCUGCGGGAGGGGAUAUUCUGGACGAUUGAUUCUUAUUACUGACGACUGGAUUGCAAGUUGCCUAAAUAGGAAAUCAGAGAUGUAUUGAUGGCGGUCAGGAAUUCUGCCUUAGUAAUUCAUACCGCCUAGAAGCCCG